CCGAGGCUUGUUUGUCUACGGGCAGCGCUCUGCUGCUGAUGCUGGAUCAUCUGCAGCAUCUUUCAGGGCAAUUUGAUUCUCUGAAGCUAAGACAUUUUUCACAAGCUCAGUUAGACUUCCGGAGACAUCAUUUUAAGAGGGCCCAUAACAAACAGAUAUGCCAUUGCCAUUAUGCCAGUGAUAAUGACCUUGCCUUGACAACAACCUGCAGCCGUAAAGCGAGUUUAAUUCUCUGACAAGAAGAUUGGCGACAGCUAUCAUUGAACAUAUUGUUUACCGUAAUAUAUGGGAUUCUUCCCUGGAAACCCUGGAGAUGAUAUUUGUCUGGUCUGAUUGUAAAUAAUGAGAUAGGCCACAAUGGAUUUCAGUUCCUCAUCAGUGUUUGAUCAGCACAAAGGUGAUGCAGCAGAAGAGAUUGACUUGACUGUGGUUUACCAAGCAGCAGCUAAUGGCGAUGUGAACACCCUAACUGCAGUGAUUCGAGAAGAUCCUUCCAUCCUGGAAUGCUGCGACAGCGAGGGUUGCACACCUUUGAUGCAUGCUGUGUCAGGACGCCAGGUCGAUACAGUGAAGCUUCUGUUGAAGAUGGGAGCAAACAUUAAUACUCAAGAUGCUUGUGGACGAACCAGUUUAUCUCUGGCAACUUAUCUGGGCUGGCUGGAAGGCUGUGUCAGCCUGCUCAGAAAUGGUGCUAAACAGAACAUACCUGAUAAAAAUGGAAGGUUGCCACUACAUGCUGCUACCGCAGAGCCUGAUGUGAGGCUUCUGAAUGUGCUUCUGCAGCAGUCAAAUCUUAGUGAAAUUAAUCAUCAGGACAAUGAGGGAAUGACUUCACUUCACUGGGCUGCUUUCCACAACAGGCCCCAGCACACACACACCCUGCUGCAGAAGGGAGCAGAUCUGACUCUGGUGGACAAAGACUUCAAAACAGCUCUGCACUGGGCAGUACAGAGUGGCAACAGGAUUCUGUGCUCCAUCAUUCUGGACCACUACCAGGGCCCAUUGAUAAUAAACUAUGAUGAUGAAAAUGGCAAAACAUGUAUGCACAUUGCUGCUGCUGCAGGUUACAGUGAUAUUAUCAGUGAGCUGGCUAAAGUCCCGGAGUGUAACCUGCAGGCCCUUGAUGUGGAUGACAGGACACCUUUGCACUGGGCUGCAGCAGCAGGGAAAGCUGACUGUGUGCACACACUGCUAGAGCUGGGGAUAGACAGCAGCCCUCGGGACAUCAACGAAAACACUCCUCUGACAUAUGCAGUUUACUGUGGGCACACAGCAUGCAUUAAGCUGCUGUCUCAAGAGAGCAGAUCCGAGCCAGUUUAUCAGUUUCCUCCUCAGAACAACAGACUCCUAAAGAAAGAAGGAAGAUUCAGUAUGCUGAACCACAUCUUCUCCUGCAAAAAGAAGAAAGAGGAUCAGAAAACCAAUCAGAAAGACAGAAACAGAGACCGAUGUCCUAGAGAGGAGACCUCAGAAGUAGAUGACAUCAUCACCACUUUUGAUUGCAUUAUGGACACAAACUGCAAAGACAUUCCAGAUGAGCAUAUGACCACUGCUGACUUUAAAAGAAGGAGCACAGACACAAAGAAGUACCUCCUAUCAGAAAAGAAACAACCGGAGUGUAACGCACUUCUGCCCAUCAGAACCCAGAGUCUCCCCCCAAUCACUGUGGGCAGUUCUUUCCUAACUGCCUCCCAGAGCACAACUUCAAGUUUCUCCUCCACCAGCACCAGCACCCACCAUUUUGCACACAGAUCUCAAAAGAGUAGGAGUGAACACAAUUUGCUAGACCACCGAAGCAGCUGCCAAACUUUGUUGAAUGACCCCUGGAACGCAGAUUCUAACCAAAUACUCUCCUACAAUGUCUGUACUAGAACUCCUUCAGACAAACUGAUAAAUGCUGUAAGCUCUGACAGAUCCCAACAUUUGCUUUUGUGCCCUCCUCGCCUUCCCUCACUUCCCAGUUCUCCAUCAGGUGAAAAUUUUCAACAGAUUUCCUUAGACCAACCUAAAAUAAAAGUUCUUACUUCUGCACGGAACAGCCUAGUGCCCAUACACAACCACUGUGCUCAGAAAAAUGAAGUGGAACAGAAAAGAUGGAUGGAAUGAGAACGCAACCAAGGAAAAAUGAAUGUGAAAAAUGGCAAGGAAGAUUCUGUAGCCAAAGCAGCACUUACUCCACCUAGGAACUCUGAUAUGGUUAGACUGGAAAAACUGUACCAUUUGCACACCAAGACAAAGAGCUUGUGAAUAAAAUGGAGGAACUGGAACUCAAAGUGUAAGAUGCUAUGGAAGGCAGUAUAGGAAUGACAGAUACAGGACAGAAGAGUAUCAUGUCUAAAAGACUGGUAAUGGAUAUAAACUAUUUAGGAAAGGUAAAAAACUGGAUGGUCACAUAGUAUGUUAGUGAAAUGUAUGACUGCAAAGAAAUCAAACAUAAAAUCAUGAAUAAAAUUGAAUCUGGGUCAAAACAGCUUGGAGGAGAAAGAAUAAAAAUGGUUUUGCAAUAAUCAUCUUAAGAGUGUGUUAUAAACAUACAAACUCAAGAAUGGAUAUCAUUAAAAAAUUAAAAAACUCUGAAAAACUAUGGGAGAAAUAAGUACUUUCAUUAGAAAAUAAUGGCAGGGCUCAGAUAGUCGUGAUCACAACAGAAAACAGAUUUCCUUGCCAACCAGUAAAUAAGUCAAUAUGACAUUUUGCUAUUUUACAUUCAGUUUUAAUGAGCAGAUCUUCCGAAGGAAUCAGUGGUAGUAAAGUAGAACUAACUGAAUAGCAGCUAAUGCAAUUCACAUUGAAUUCCAAGGCAGAGAAAAAAUAGGUCUGUAAUUAAGGUUUUGAAUUCUCCUUUGCAAACUUUAGGAAAUUAAUUAAAGAGUUGCCUGAAUGAAGGAGCUGGGGAUUUGAAUUUAGAGAAAGUAUAGAACUGUAUUAACUCCAAAGCACAAACGCACCAGGAGGUUGCAUCCUAAGCAAGGGAAAAAAAUAAUGAGGAGAGAUUAGGGGGCUUGAUAAACAUAUCAAGCAGAACGGCAAGAAAGAAAACACAAACAACAAAAUUGUAGACAGGGA